UAUGAAUUGACUUUAUACACAAUCUUUUAAAUCCGCGAGUUUAUAGGAAAUUACGGUACAAAAUGUACCUAAUUGUUUGCCGCUAGGGGUCGCCAUUGAUUGACCGAGGAGCCACGGCGAUAUCAAACCUACAUGGAGUUCGUGGUUUGUUUAUCAUAAGUUGAAUGUCAUUCUCUCGAAACAGGACAGGUUAAAAGGUUAACUGAGACCCCGGGAAACCGUGGGAGAAGCUCGUGUCCAGGAUGACGGCAAUGUCACCAUUCACACCUCCGAUCAUCAAAAGGCUCCUCGGUUUUAAAAAGGGGGACAGUUCAGAACGCGAGGAUAAGUGGAGUGAGAAGGCUGUCAAAAGUCUCGUGAAAAAGUUAAAGAAGACCGGAGGUCUGGAUGAGUUGGAAAAAGCCAUAACGACUCAGGAAUUGAAUACUAAAUGUAUAACAAUACCCAGUCAUGGUGCGCGCUCUCCCCUUCAAUUGGUUGCCAGGGCAAUGGAAAAGUCCCUGGAUGGUCGACUACAAGUGUCACAUCGGAAGGGUCUUCCCCAUGUCAUUUACUGUCGCCUAUGGCGAUGGCCCGACCUCCAGAACCACCAGGAACUUAAGGCCAUUGAGCAGUGCGAGUACGCCUUUUACCUCAAGAGGGAUGAAGUGUGUGUCAACCCAUACCACUACGUAAGGGUGGAGGCCCCAGUGCUGCCCCCUGUGCUGGUCCCUCGUCACACGGAGGUUCCAGACAAACUGCCACAGCUGGAGGACUAUGAUGCCAUGACAGUGCCCGGCAACACAGAUUUCCCGACUGGCAGCAAUGAAAUGUUCAAUAUACCAGGUAAUUAUCUCCCUUGAUUUUAAAAUGUCAUC